ACACAUGAUUGCUUCUUCAAGUUCUUAACCAAUUUGGUAGUUGUUUACAUAAUACAGAUUUUGACAAAAAUGGAGAUGAGGUUCUUGUUCCGUGGGUUGACUUUGUUCUUUAUGGUGGCUUUAGGGGAAGCAGUUGGGGAAAGAAUGAGAUGGAGCAGAAAGGAGAUGGUGGAGAUGUCUGGCUACGGCGAACUCAAACUCUCCUCCGUCCUUCUCACCGCCUCUCUUCUCUCUUCCUCCUCCGACCCUAUUCCUGGUGCAACCAUUGGCAUCAAGUGCCAUACUGGAAUCAGGAAGAGAUCCAAUUGGAUCAAAGCUGUCACAAAUGAUUUGGGGCAAUUCGUUAUUGAUCUUCCUUCACACCUCCAUGCAAUACCUGACCUGGACAAGGCUUGUUUAAUCAAACCUCUCUCUGUUCCUAAACAGUUUCGAUGCAGUCCCAACAUUCACAGAGGUAUCAAACUCGUUUCCUCUUCCAACGGCUUCCGUGUCUACACGGGAGGCAACAUCACCUUACACAGAGCACCAUGUAAAUAGAGAUUCUAAGUUGAUCUUGCUAGGAAGAUCAAUCAUGCCUUUUUUUAUUGUUUUUUUUGUCUAAAUUGUUUCCUUCUCACUUCUUGAGAGAAAGAGAGACAGUCCUUGUAUAUAAUGGUUACUCAUGCUCUUCUUAAAAAAUAUUGAUACAAUUAAUGUUUGCUGCAUGCUCAGAUCUUUUUGUUACUACAAAGAAUAUUUGUGUUCCUCUGUUUUUUUUUUCUAUUUCUUUAUUGUGUAGCAGAUUCUGAUUUACUUUUAGCUUCUCAUGAUAAUUGUAAUCACUCAACUACGUGAUAGGAGAAGAGAUACAAGUUUUGUUUCAAUAUCUAAAAA